AUGUCUGCAGCCGACACAUGCCACAAGUUUAAUCCCGUAGAAUCUGACCGGACAUUUGGCGAGGUGUACUGCACCAUGUUAGUGGCGUGCAUGAGUGGGACCUGGCAAGAACACUUCUCGCAGCUUUGGACUACAAUCACCACAACAGCCGUCCGGCACAUGUGUACAGCAAAGGCCAAGUGUCCCUAA